ACACUGUUAAUGGGUCUUCAUUUUACACAAUCGUAAAGUGUUUGGAUACAUGUGAAAAUACGCAUACUGAUUUAGUUUGAUACCAAAAACAAUAGUGACAUGAAAACAAAUAUUUACAAAAAAAUUAUCAUAAUCAUGUGUACACCAAAGUGCGAAAUGCUAAAAAAAUAAUAACGCAGAGUUUGAUAAAUUGGUGUUUAAAAAUGAGUUAUUUAUCCUUGCCCCGAGUUCUAUCUAAUAUCAGUUCUCGAAACUUCACCGACAAAAAUUCAAACUUUCUAAGUUUAAACCGUGCCGCUGGUCAUGAGAGGCGACAAAUUCCAAAAGUAUUUUCUACUCUUUCAUUAAAUGAAACAGCGGAGCGACGUAAACGAAUUCUUAACAGAAAUGGAAGUAUUUCUAAUCAGCAUUUUCGUGGUGUUCACAAGCAUUUAUUAGAAUCUCACACCAAAGUAGUUUGUCAUUCAAUGACAAUUGAGGACUUGUACGAAGAGGUUCUGUUUGAAAUUUACAACAACAUUGGUUGUGAGACUAGUGAUGUUUGUACAGAUGGCCUGGUGGAGUUUGCAAAGGACGUUUUCAAAAUACCUAACUCAACUCAUUUGGAAAUUUCUGAAAUUGCCAAGAUGAAGGAACCACCUAACCUAAGACUUAAUGUUGAAGUCAUAAAAGCAGAAAAUUUACUUUCAAAGGAUUCAAAUGGAUUAUCAGAUCCGUUUGUAACAUUAUACUUGGAAUCAAACAAUUCGCACCGUUAUAAUUCAUCCGUAAAAAUGUCUACAUUGAAUCCUACAUGGGAGGAACACUUUUCAUUGCCAAUUAUUGAAGGUCCUCAUGAGGAAAUUCUAAUUAUUGAAGUUUGGGAUUUCGAUGCUGCGGAAACCAUCAAAGACAAGUUUAAUAAACUUUUGGAUGUCAAAGGCGUGAAAGGCCUUAGUAAGCUAAUGAAGGAAAUUGCCGUUACUGCUUCUUCUGGAAAACAUGAUAACGAAUUAAUUGGGCGUGCAGUGAUUUCACUUAAGUCUAUUCCAGUUUCUGGACUCACAGUUUGGUAUAAUCUGGAAAAAGGGAGUAAAACAAAGAGUCGCGGAUCUAUUUUAGUGAAUAUUGCGCUAAGUGCUGAAAAAAAUAAAAAUGUAGCAACCCAAGAACAUAAACACCUUUUAAAAUUGUUACUCAUGCAUGAGUUGGAUACGUCGCAAGUGGCCAACUUUUGGUGGAGCGGUAAAUUUAGCUCCAUGGCCGAAGCUAUUAGAACUCAACACGCUGUUCAAAGUGGACUAUCUUCCUUCGAUUGUGCACUUAGUCAAUGGCAUGCGUAUAGUACUGUUCAUGAGACCCACAAACUUAAUUUUGUUCUCUUCAAUUCUAUACUCGACGUUUUGGUUUCAGUAAUUAGCUGUUUACAAAAAGACUCUGAAAACCUUAAAACAUUUUGGGAGGGUGCAAAAAGGCUGCUGCCAUCUUGCUUUUCGGUAUUAAGACAACUACGCUCCAGAAACGUCAGUGAUAACAAAAUACUAAAAGCACUCUCUGAAGUAUUAGAUAUUCUAUCGAAACUGAAAACGUUUGAAGUGCCAGAAACAAUUGAAAUAUUUCCUAAAUCAGUCUAUGGAUGGAUGGAAAAAGGUGAUUCUCAAGAAUCAUGCAAUAUCGAUUCCGCUAUCGUUGAUGCAAUAAAUAGUGGAGCGAAAGAAUGGAUGGAACAUAUUAUUGAAGGCAGCAAUCUAACAAAAGACAAUGGUUCCGAUGAAAAUAAAUUGCAAAAUGUUAUUAAAAUAAUACAAAUGGUUCGAGCAGAUCUACAACGUGCAAUGGAAUAUUUUGAUAAAUUGUUUUACCACAAAAUUCGUCUUAACUAUUCUACUACACUAUUUCUGUUUUAUGAUUCAAAACUGGUGGAGAUAUGUAAAACUAAUGUAAAAGAAGUGUGUACCAACAUUAAAAUGUUAGAUGUUCCUGAUGAUCAGUUUGAAUAUUUACCAAAUAUUGAUGAAGUGAAUAUGGGAACUACAUUAUUUGAAGUUUAUUUGGUUCUUAAACGGUACAAUACUCUAGGGCAAUCACUAUGUCCCAACUGUAAAUUGGAGAUGACUGAAUUUUAUCAAUGGUUUGAAAGGGGUGUAACACAUUGGCUUGAUAUUUCAAUAAUAAAAGCCCUUAAUCGCAUUCAGAAAGCUAUAGACUUAGACCAACUCCAUGCUGUCGAUGAAACGGUUAAGUAUAGUUCAUCUGCAGUAGACACGUUGGCCAUUUUUUAUCAGAUUAAAAUAUUUUGGCAACAAUUGGACUGGCCAGAAAUAGAAGGAUCGUACACAUUUGUAGCGAAAAUUGUAAAUGAUAUAUGCCGAUGUUGCGUUUUCUAUGCACAGCGUAUGUCACGCCGUGUAGAAACCAUAACCAAAUUAGAAGAGAACGAGGAAAUGUUUAUUUUAUCGCAAGAAUGGUGUUUGGCUAUUAACAACAUGGACUACAUCCGCCAGAGCUUACCCUCAUUUAUAAAGCAGAUUGGUAGACGUGUAGCACUAACCAUUCAAUAUAUACAUAGAUGCUUUAAAUGCUAAAAUAAUCGUAACAAC